AUGGUCUCACAACCGAUCAAGCUGGCUCUGGUGGCCUUAUGCGGCAUCGCUGCAGCCGUACCAGCACCAGCUCCGGCAGUGGUAGACAUUGAUGAGCGGCAACUACUCGUACAACCUUAUGUACCGAUACCGACGACCUGCCCCAGCACCGCUCUUGUCCGCCCGGCGACGAGCAUCAGCUUGAACGAAGCUGGCUACGUAUCGGCCCGGAAGAAGAAGGCAGAUAAAGCCCUGGCAGCCUGGCUAAAGAAGCAAGGCAAUUUCAGCAAUUCAUCGCAGCCAACAGUCGGCUUCACCUCAAGCGGUGGAGGCUACCGCGCCCUUCUCUGCACCGCAGGCGUAGUCCAAGCCUUGGACGGCCGCGACAGUAACUUCACCACGAGCGGCUUGUACCAGGCUUUGACCUACGAGGCUGGUCUGUCAGGCGGAUCGUGGUUCUUGUCGUCCCUCGCGGGCAACAAUUGGCCGACUGUGUCGUACCUCAGAGACAACCUUUGGGAGCAAGCCUUCCAGAACUCGUUGCUGGUACCGGCAAACUUACUCUCGAUAUCUGGCUUGACAGAGUACGCUGCCGUAACGACUGAGCUCGCAGCCAAAGAGGCAGCGGGCUACCCUGCCACUAUUGUCGACCCAUACGGGCGUCUGCUGUCCUAUCAGUUGCUGCAAGGAGCCGAUGGCGGCGUUGCGACCAGAUUAUCCGGCCUCACGAAAUUGAGCAACUUCACUUCGCAUAACGUGCCAUACCCCAUCAUCACGACAACAGGCGUCAACGGUACAGGGGCCCAGUGUGUCCCUCCGUUCAGCGCGCUAAUCUACGAAUUCCACCCCUACGAAUACGGCUCCUGGGACACGGGCAUCGCCGCCUUCUCCCAGACAGCCUACAUGGGCACCAAACUCACAAACGGCGAACCCACGAUAUCUGGCGCUUGCACGGCGCACUACGACAACCUUGGCUACAUUUUUGGAACCAGCAGUGAUGUCUUCUACGAUGUCUGCGCUGUCAUUGAGCCUUCGAAUAGCUCGUCCAGCGGUCUGCAGAAUGUACUGGAAGGCAUUGUUAAUGACGUGCAUGAGCCGGACUUCCAGGAUCUGUUUGGUGUCUAUGUGAAUCCGUUUUAUAAGUAUCCGGGAUCGCCGAUGGUAAAGGAUGAGGAGGUGUUGACCAUGGUGGAUGGAGGGGCGACUGAUCAAAACAAUCCGAUAUGGCCUUUCAUCCAGCCAGCAGGUCGUUCUGUCGACGUCCUCAUCGUCAACGACAACAGCGCUGACAACACGGACAACUUUCCCAACGGCACCGAGAUCAUCCAGACGUACCAGAACGCGGAAGCUGCGGGGCUCACUUUGAUGCCGACGAUACCACCCGUCGACACCUUCGUCAGCCAGGGCCUCAACAAGCGCGCCACCUUCUUCGGCUGCAACGAGACAGAUACCGUCUUUAUCGUGUACCUGCCAAACGUGAAUUAUACGUACGACUCGAACAAACCGACGUCGAAGGUUCAGUACGCGGUGGCGGAGACGGACGCGAUGAUCCUGAACGGCAAUGCGAUUGCGACGCAGAAUGGCACCGCUGGCUGGCCUUUCUGCUUGGGCUGUGCAAUCAAGCAUAAAGAUGGCAGCGGGCUGCCGGAGGGUUGCGACGCUUGCUUUGAAGAAUAUUGUUACUUUCAGUCCGACACUACUUAG